AGAAAGGACAGGGUUCAGAUUUAUUCUGAUUGACCUUGGUGCGCAAGACCCAAACAUAACACCGACCAACCGACAGGCUGACAAUCCAAGGUUUACCGUUACCUCCAAUUCCAUCGUUGCCAAUGUCAAGCCCAGUAGUAAUCGAGAGUCAUGGAUUCCAGAUAUCUAAAGACCAGCUGACUGUCCUAGUGCCAGUGGUUGUGGCGGCUGCUCUAGGUGGCUUCCUGGUUAGCCGGUACUUCACUGGGCGUAAGAAAAGCCAGGUCAACACCUGUGUGUGUAAGGACAGUGCCAAGGUGGUGCACAGCUUCGACAUAGAAGACAUUGGCAGCAAGGCCGUCUACUGUCGCUGCUGGAGGUCCAAGAAGUUCCCCUACUGUGAUGGUUCCCAUACCAAGCACAAUGAGAUCACUGGGGACAAUGUGGGUCCCCUCAUCAUCAAGAAGAAGGAUGCUUAACCAACCUCCUUUUCCCCUUCUCGCCCCUCCCAUCAAAUCAUCAUUCAACACCAUUCAGUCACAUGCCACAUAUACACCAGAGUCAAACGAUCACUGGCCAUAUCCAACCAGAGGUCGUACAGAUGAGCUGAAUCAUGGCAGGAUCCAACCAGAGGUCGUACAGAUGAGCUGAAUCAUGGCAGGAUCCAACCACGCAGAGCAGCACUCUUACUCAAACCGCCUUCAUACAACCCACAGUCAAAACCCCAAAGGAAUGUUACAUGAUCUGAUUUGUGUCUUAGAAGCUCAUGUAAUUAAUGUUAUUGAGCCAUUGGUCUU